ACAAGCGCAGCCUUGAAAUAGUAAAAGGGGCAACAAACUCAAAACUAUUCACGGGAAGCUAAGACAAGAGGUUGAGAAAAAGAGAGAGAAAUUGUAAAAAAGAGAAUCUUCCAUGAUUCCCUCCUUUGUAGAAUGACAGGUAUCUGCUCCAUUCCCUUUCUUCAAUUCCAUAUGGAAAAUGGUGAAGCACAAAAGCUGGUGUCGUUUUAGAUACAGGAGAGAUGCUUGGAGGAGAAUGGGAUACAAGAAUACAACAUAGAAUUUGUCAUUUGUUAUUUGCUUUGAUGUAAGUAGUUUGCUUCUGAUAUACAAAUAUUGUGAUUUAUUUAAUUACAGGGAUCCUCAAAUCUUGAGACCAGCAGUUAGGGGAGAGGUGGAGUUUUCCGGCGGGUUCUUAAACCCAUGUUUAUCAUCUUUUGGCUGGCCGGAAUUACUUCAUGAGAUACAGAGAAAAUGUCUUCAUCCCCUGCCAGUCCUGCUGCGUCACCAGAUUCUGGCUCCUCAUCAAAUUCUUCAUCCUCAUCGUCACGGCCUCCACCACCUCCAAACUCAAAAUCUCCCGAGAAAUCGCCACCUGCAACCGAGUCGCCACCUCCACGUUCAUCUGAACAUUCACCUCCACCACCGUCUCAUCAUAAAAGCAACAGCAGUGCUUCACCAACUCCCCAGCGACAUAAAUCAUUGUCCCCCUCGCCAUCACACAAAUCAUCAUCAUCAAAAGAUUCAUCUUCUUCAGAAGACAGUGGCAUAAGUCAUGAUCAGUUAAAAAUAGUAGUUGGAGUAUCAGUUGGGAUUGGAUUAUUGAUUGCACUUCUGAUCAUCUGUGCAGCAGCUCUGUGCAGGAAGAAGAAGAAAAAGGAUGAGCACGUGCAGUAUUAUGGAGAGUAUCAAGGAGGUAGUAAAAAAUAUUACCAGAGCUCAGUCCACCAAAACUGGCACAAUGGCCCCCCACCACCAGUUGGAUCACAGCAUAAUAAUUUUGUGGCACAAUCGUCACCAGGUAGUGGUUGGAAUGGACCUCCACCACCUCCACAGAUGAUGACGAGCGGUGAUAUGAGCUCUAAUUUCUCGGGUCCUUAUCGUCCUCCCUUGCCUCCUCCGUCACCAGAUAUUGCUCUUGGGUUCAACAAAAGUACCUUCACAUAUGAUGAGCUUGCAGCAGCUACAGGAGGAUUUGCUCAGGCCAAUUUAUUAGGUCAGGGAGGAUUUGGAUAUGUUCACAAGGGUAUGUUGCCAAAUGGAAAAGAGAUUGCAGUUAAGAGCCUCAAGUCUGGUAGUGGACAGGGAGAGCGAGAAUUCCAGGCUGAAGUUGAUAUCAUCAGCCGAGUCCAUCAUCGGCAUCUGGUGUCCCUUGUUGGAUAUUGUAUUGCCGGAGGUCAGAGAAUGUUGGUUUACGAAUUUGUUCAAAAUAAUAACUUGGAACAUCAUCUCUAUGGCAGGGGUCUUCCUGUGAUGGACUGGUCAACAAGGCUCCGCAUUGCAUUAGGCUCUGCCAAAGGGCUCGCUUAUCUCCAUGAAGAUUGUCAUCCUCGAAUUAUUCAUCGGGAUAUCAAAGCCGCUAAUAUUUUGCUUGACUCCAACUUUGAAGCCAUGGUGGCUGAUUUUGGAUUGGCUAAGCUGUCUUCUGAUAAUAACACUCAUGUCUCCACCCGUGUCAUGGGUACAUUUGGGUAUUUGGCUCCAGAGUACGCAUCAAGUGGAAAGUUGACGGAGAAAUCAGAUGUUUUUUCAUUUGGGGUCAUGCUUUUGGAACUCAUAACUGGAAAGAGACCUGUGGAUCCUACAGAUGCAUUGGAAGAUAGCUUAGUCGACUGGGCUCGACCACUUCUCAGUCGCUCAUUGGAAGAUGGCAACUAUACUGAGUUGGUCGACUUGCGGUUGAACAACAACUUCAACCCUGACGAGAUGAGGGGCAUGGUUGCUUGUGCUGCUGCCAGCAUUCGCCAUUCUGCUAAAAAGCGCCCCAAAAUGAGUCAGAUAGUACGUGCCCUGGAAGGAGAUGUUUCACUGGAGGACUUGAACGAGGGAGCGAGGCCUGGCCGCAGUUCUGCGUUAGGCGUUACAAAUGUAACUGCAGAAUCCGAUGGCGAUUCAUAUAAUGCAGAUAUGAAGAAGUUCAGGCAUAUGGCAUCGUCAAGCCAAGAAUUUACAAGCGGUGAACUUGGGAAUUCAAGCUCCGAUUCCAGAGAGAUGUCCCCUAGAGGACGCACCAACUAUUAAUUUUUAACCAUUUAUCAAACAUUAGACAAAGCUACAGCAUACAACAUGUACAUUUGCAUAACUUUAUUCAUCACUUGUGUUUGUUCAAAAGGUUUAACUUAGAAAAUGGAGAUUGAAAAAUUAUAGGGGCCGUGGUGUGGAUCUUUCAGUAAUGGGAUUGCAUUUUUAUUUUUGUUUUCUCUUUCCAUCUUACCAUGGAUUUCAAGUUCUGGGGCGAAUUUAGCUUAUACUGUAGUGAAUAUGAGUUGUCUGUGUUAUAAUUAUAUAUACAAGUGUAAAUUACUA